AAAGCCACUGGAGCUGCGCUCGCGCCAUGUCCCUAGCGACUAGCGAGGCGGCCACGGAGCGGGAGCUGGGAGAAGACCAACUGUCUGCUGUAACCUAUGAAUCUGACACAGAGAUGAAACUGAAAAAGAAAACUCAUAAACCCCCAAAGUCACCAAAAUCUCCAUAUCUCUCUAGUACAUAUGUGUACCCUAAAAAGGCUGCAGUUUGGAGAUCCUUGACGGGAACAGGAACCAUACACCGUGAGAACCCAAUGGCUAAAACACCAAGGCAGAUGUGGCUAGGAACUCUGAAGCAAGCAGGUAUAAGCCAGCCUCUGAAAUCAGAUUUUGAUGUGGGGCAUGCAUGGACUAAUCUUUCCAGCAGCACUCCAGAAUAUCUAAAGGAAGCGCUAGGCAUGAAAAAGCCAAAGCAUGCUCGUUCUGCUAGCAAUGGUUACAUCCCUGGAACACCUGACUACAAAGAAAAGGAAGACAUGUAUGAUGAGAUUAUUGAACUGAAGAAGACAAUACAGGCUCAGAAAAGUGAGGGGGAUCGGAUGAAAACAAAGAUCCGACGAUUGGAGGAAGAGACUAAUAGAAAGGAUCGACAAAUUGAGCAGCUGUUGGAUCCUUCCAGGGGCUCUGAUUUUGCCCAGCCUUUGACAGAGAAGAAUGAUACUAGAUGGGUAAUCAAUGGACUGAAGCAAAAGAUUCUCAAGCUGGAACAGCAAUGCAAAGAGAAAGACAACACUAUCAACAAAUUCCAGACAGAUGUGAAGACCACUAAUUUGGAAGAGAUGAGGAUUGCUAUGGAGACCUACUAUGAGGAGAUUCAUCGUCUCCAAACCCUGCUGGCAAAAUCUGAGGAUCUGGGGAAAAAAUCUCCUUCAGAGAGCAGAGAAUCCCAAAAACAGUUAAAGGUGCUGAAUGCUGCUGUCCUGCGAUUAUCCAAGAACAUCAAGGAGCUUCGGGAUGAAAAUAAAAGCCUGAAAGCAGAUCUAGACCGAGUGCUGAGCAAUUCCCCUGGUUCUAGCAAAACAAAAUAUUACAAUGAGUGGAGCAGACAGAGGCUGGUGAGACGGAUUUCAGAGCUGGAAAAAGAAGUGCAUGAGAUAGAGAAUAGCAGAUUGCAGUCAUCAGCUAAUGGCACAUCACCAUUGCUUGGUCUGCCACCUUCAGCUUCUGUACAGCAGGAACAACCAUCCACUCAAGAAAGUGACCCCCUUGAAGAAUGUGAGCGCCUCCGAGGACUGGUGAAGAAACUGAAGGGUGAUAGGAGUGCACUGCAAGAUCAUCUGGCCAGUAAAUAUUCAGAGGUGAAGCAAUUACAGCAAGCGAAGACUGAAUUGGAGAGGGAGCUGCAAAAGUGGCAGAAGAUGGAGAAAGAAAAGUGUGAAAAAGAGGAGGCUUUGAGGGAGGAAAUCCAGAGCCUUACACAAAAAGUGAGAGAACUGGAGGCAGAACUAUACGAAGACAAGAAACAAACUGUAGAUGAUAUCAUGGAAAUGCCAAACAAGAAAGAAGAAAUGGCUCUGGAUCAGGCGGCUGUUGUGAUUCAGGCAGCGUUCAGGGGACAUUUAGCUCGGCAGGAAUUGUUAGGCCCCAACAUAUCUGAUGGGUCCAGCUCUUUGAGCUUGUUUUCUGACUUCAAGGAGGAAGAUGAGAUUGUAACAUUCAUCCAGUCAGUUUUCAGGGCUCACUUAGCACGUAAAGAGUGUCCUGAGGAAAGGACUUUUGCCUCCAGUGCUUCAAGUGAAAGAACAUGUACUGCUGUUUCCUAUAGGAAAAAGAAACCAAUCUCACCAGCACUCAAGAAACGCUUACUUUCAGCCUUCACAUCAACCUCUCCUGAUGGUGAAAACAGUGAACUAACCAGUGAAGAAGUUGUGGAGGAACUUAGUGCAGAAGGGGAAGAGAGAAAAUCAAGGGAGCACAAACUUUUGUCCUUGCAAUCCUCUUCUGUCAUGUCCUCCCAGAACCAGUUGCAGUCCACACUCUCUCCGCCUUUGGAUGAGGCUCACUCAGACGAUUCGGAUGAUAGUGUAGUCUCUCCAUCGCUGAUGGUGAAGAAAAAUUUCUCCCACUUUUAGUUUUGGGGAGGUUCUUCUCAAACCCUCUUGCAGUCCUGGGGCACAAACAAAAGCAAGAUAAAGCAAGUAGAGGGUUAAAAGGAACAAUGUCCACAAGUUAAAACCAUUGUUAUUUCAGCCAUGAAAAAUCAUUCAGUUUUAUAUAUCUACUUUAAUGGCUGUACCUCUCUGCCCUCAUUACUAUAUUUCUUUCCUGUCCUCCUCAAAUUGAGAAUGGGGGGGUUAUAUUGUUCAAUAGUUGUACAUAAGCAGGAUCCUUACAGUGCCGUUGAUAUGCAUAACACUUCACAGUCGAGAAAGAAGAAAAGGUCCUUGUCUAAAGAGUUUACCAUCUAGAGACCCAGUUCUGCAACUCUUACUUGUCCAGUUUUUACUCAUUUGAUAUAGGAAGGAACUGCACACACCUGGCAAGAGGAUGCAUGCAGAGUAUUUUUGAAUACAUCUGUGCAACUGUCAGCUUGGGUGUGCUAAGUGAAAGCAUGCAAUAAGGUCCACUCUAUUUAUUUAAUUGUAAUGUUUGUACUAAAGAUAGCUAUUAUGUGCGGACCUUAGUUUAAGGCUUUUAGAGAGCUACCUCUGUCCAUAAGUGUACUGUGCCUGUGUGUAUGCAUUUGAACUUACGUUAUUGCAUUGCUCAGUUAUGUAUUUUAUAGUGCAUAUGAUUUACUGUGUUGUAUGUGAAAUAUGUAACCAUGUAAUCCAUUACAUUUACCAUAGUAGUAUCUGUGGAGAGAAUGUAUACUGUUAGGGAGUGUUGUGUGAGGGAUGCCCUCCUGUUCAUGAUAUGUAAGUGAAACAAAACAGAACCACAAGUGGAUUAUGCAAGGUUAUCUUUACUAUGUAAAAAUAUUUCACAGAGAAAAUACAUGGUUAGUGUUCUGAUUUAACUUACUGAUCUUUUAAAUGUCUGAAAUGUCAGCUAUACAGAUGGAUCAAUCAGCUAAACACUACUGUAUUUUUAAUUAUGAUUUUGGUUCUCUGUCACUUUCUAUCUGAGGUUCUCAUCAUGAUUUGCAAACAUUAAUUAAUUUUGCACUACUAUGAAGAAGGUAAAAUUAUCAAGAAACUGUGGCACAGAGUGGUUAUGUGACCUUCCCAAGGCGACAAAGGAAAUCUGUUGCUUUUGAUACCCAGUCCUUACCUAACAUAUCCCAUCUUUCCUCUAUAGUGGCAAAGAAGUGAUCUGUUAGGACUGCUUAAACACAAUGCAAUUUGGGGGCGGGGGAGUGUCUGAAAAAGAAUCCUGCGUUCUAAUGCUGAAUGUAACUAAAGAAAAUAUUCUUUUAAAUGCUCCUUCCUUCUGUGUUGUUUACAGCUGGAGUGCGGUAGAUGUUGCAUACAUCAGUGAGAAACAGCAUGUUUCAGUUCUGUAAAUAUGUUCAAUAACUCAGCAGGAUUCAUAGGGAGUCCACUACCCAUUCUCCUGAGUAGAGGGCUAGCUGUACAUUUAGUAGCUGCUUGCUAAGGAUGUCAUCAAGGAGUAUUUGAGUCGCUUGUAAACUCAAACCACACUUCUAGGUAUAAGAUUUUUAUCACAUUCUCUCCCUCCUCCUCUUUUUUAAAUUAAAAGUCAGUCAGCAUUGUUAUGCUGAAUACUAAUAAAUAAGUUCUCCAUUGAAAUCAGGGGACUGAGACUGCUUUAUCUGAGGUUUAUCAUAGUUCAUGCCAGUUCUUGCAGCCAAAGAGGAAACUGGAUGGCUGCAGCACAAUGCAGCUGAUUUCAUUUAAUUCCAUCAGUGGAAAUGCUGUCUGCACUAUUUCCAGAGGCAGUUGUUGGGAGCUCUUUAUACCCAAUGCAGUCUGUAGAAUGUCAGUUAUAAUCC